AUGGCGAAGGUCCGUGCAUCAACAGUAUGUUCAGGCCGUGAAGGCUACACUCGAGCAUCUGUGGUGAUUAUUGGUGCUGGGAUAUCUGGUAUAUGUAUGGCUAUAGAUCUGCUGAGGAGGACCAAGAGCCGCGACUUUGUAAUCUUUGAGAAAUCGUCGGGACUUGGGGGAACCUGGAGGGAUAACCGCUAUCCCGGCUGUUGUUGUGAUGGUAAGUUGACAUUUUACUCCUUUGAGCAGAACCCCGGUUGGACGCGAGAGUACGCUGGUCAGGAGGAAAUCUUGGACUAUUUGUUGCGAGUUGCACACAAGUACGACCUCUACCGAUAUAUUCGAUUUAACACGUCUGUCGAAAAAACGAACUGGGACGAUAAGUCCAAGACCUGGAAUACCACCGUACAAGUUCAAGGAGGUAAAGACGCCGAAUUUGGCCGUACUUACACCAUCAAGUCCGACUUUCUUGUGUCGGCUGUGGGCCAGCUCAACAUCCCCAGAGUACCCAAUAUUGACGGGCUGCCCGAGUUUGAAGGCAAAGUAAUGCACAGUGCAAGGUGGGACUGGACAUACGAUCUGAAAGGCAAAAAGGUCGCCAUCAUCGGCUCGGGUUCAACUUCUGCACAGAUCACCCCCGAGGUUGCCAAAGUCGUGGAGUCUUUGACCGUCUUCCAGCGAACACCGAACUGGGUUGUUCCCCGCAUGAACGCAGACAUUCCGGCAUGGAGACGAUAUAUCUAUCAAUAUCUGCCGAUUAUUCGUGAAGCAAAGCGAUCGCGCAUGUGGAAUUUUCGCGAGACAACCUUCGCGAACGUGGUAAAGCCCACCGACGAGACUUCCGAGCAAGUGAAAGCGUUAUGCUUGGCCCAUAUGCACGCACAACUUCAGGACAAUGAAAGUCUUUGGCAACAGCUUACACCCGAUUAUCGGCCCGGAUGCAAGAGAAUCAUUGUUUCUGAUGAUUUCUAUCCGACCUUCCUUCGGCAAAAUGUGAAGCUUGAAACACGCCCGAUCAGCAGAGUCUCUCCAACGGGGAUUGUGGUAGAGGGCGACGAGCAGAACUUUGACCUGAUCAUUCUCGCCACGGGCUUCAAAACCGUCGACUUCAUGUACCCUAUUGAGGUCACAGGACAUGCGGGGAAGCUGGGCGCAACCUUGUGGCAGAAUGGCGCUGAGGCACUAUAUGGUAUCUGCGUAGAAUCGCUUCCAAAUUUUGCUAUGCUCUAUGGCCCAAACACCAAUUUGAGCCACAACAGCAUCAUCCUGAUGAUCGAAGCACAGAGCCGUUACAUUGCCGCCUUGAUCAAAGCUGUUUCCACCAUGCGAGCGGCAGAUGCACAAUUUUCUAUCGAGCCCAAAGCAGCCAGGGUGAAAGAGUACAAUGCCGGCCUCCAAGCUGACCUUGCAACAACGGCCUAUGCCGACCCUGGGUGCAAUAGCUGGUACAAACUAGACGGCUCAGGGAAGAUCACAAACAAUUGGUCAAAGACUGUACUGGAAUAUCAACACCUUGUGAGCAGGGUCGUGUGGGCCGAUUACCAGAUAUCUGGAAGUGAGUCUGGCACCAAGAAGGCCUGUGAUUCUGUUGAGGAACUCGGACGUGCGGUGGAGGAGUUCACGAUUCGUAAAGCACUUCCUGGGCUCUCUGGAUACACAAUUGCCGCGGCGCUGCUUUUCCUAGCUCUGCGGAAUUGA